AUGAAGAGGGAGAAUUUACGUUUACAGGAGGUAAAGGAAGAUGGUGAUAGACCUUUGGAAAUAUGGAUCGAAAGAGGGAUACAAAGGAAAAAGAGGAAAGAUUGUGGGCAAAGGGUAGGAAAAGUAAUAUGGGACUGGGAAAGGGAAGAAAAAUUUAGGAAAAAAUUAAAGGGGGAGAAAAGGGAAGGAAAGCAAAUAUAUAAGGAGUGGAGAGAAAUGGAAGAGGAAAUAAAAAAAGCAUUAAGGGAAGUAGAAGAGAAACAGCGGGAAAGGGUGAAGAAGAGAAAAGUAGGAUGGUGGGACGAAGUAUGUAGGAAUAAAAAAAAGGAAGUAAGGGAGGAAGUAAGGAAGUGGAGAAUGAGUAAUAAAGGGAAAGAAAAAUAUAGGGAAAAGAAAAGAGAGUAUGGAAAAUUAUGUGAGCAGAAGAAGAAGGAAGAGACGGAGAGAUGGAUGAAGGAUGUAAAACAGGCGAAGAGGGAGAAAAAGGUCUGGAAGAUUGUGAAUAAGGAGAGGAAAGAAAGGAAAGGAAUAGAUGAGGGGAUAGAAGAGGAAGAAUGGAAGGAAUAUUUUAUGAGACUAUUAAGAGGAGUGGAACACAGGAUAAGAGAGAGAGAGAUGGAAGAAGAGGAAAAAAGGAUGAGAAACAAAUAA